AUGUGUCUCGGCUAUGCAGUGCAUAUAUCUGCUCGAAACACAUAUAUAGCUUCAUUCAGAGAUUUGGACUAUCAACAGGACUUCACAGGAACGAAUUCUGCAAGCAGCAUUCAGUCUCUAACAUUUACUGAAUCGCUUCGGAGCAAUACACAGCCAGAAGCGAAUAUGGCCUCGAAGAUACACUUCCAAAAAUCAAUUGAGUGUAGUCAACCCGCAAUGCUCAACCAACAAGAGUUGGACCAUGCGAUGGAAGCAUUCAACGGAGCAAAUUUGUCCGAAACGCCUGAAAAUUUCGUUGUGGUUAACGAAACAUUCAAAAAAACAUCAAAUGCAGUGGAUGAAGCAGGAGCGUGCGAUUCAGCAGAUACGUGCGAACCCAGCAAAACGUGUGAUAGUUUAAAUACGCUUACUACCUCAGACUGCUGUGAUACAUCAGGCAUCGGUACAGCCUCAGACAUAAGCGAAUGGUUAGACAAUCAAAGUAACUUGAAUGCAUCCGAGCAAUUAGAUGUCUGCAAUGGUUCAAACAAAGAAGNAGAACCGCAAAACAGCAAUUCGCAAAUACCGAAGCUGCCAGAACGUGAAAUCAUGAAUGUCAAAGAGAAAAUAUCGCAUGGCAUCGAUAUUAAAAUGCUUUCGAGUAUUCGACAAACGACGGCAUCUCAAAGUAUUAUGCAGAAAAAUAGGGUGAUCGACAGUGACAAGAACAAGAACGUUGGAGCACCGAGAUCAGGAAAAGGUUCAGAAAAGUGUAUUACGACACCGUUGACGGAAUUCAGUUCGAGCACUGUUCCAGUAACCACAACUGAGACAAAUUCAUCAAAAACGGAUGUUAACAGAAAGAAUCCGUCGUGCAUAUGUGAUAGACCAAUCUGCCAUGUGCUCUGCUUGGGAUGUCGAAAGUACUUUCAAGGGCAUGCGGUGCGCACAUGCCCUGAUCAUCCGAGACGUAUCAACCUCAUGGAUAUCGCCGUUUGCCCGAACAUCAACUGUCGUGGCACGGAAUUGCAGGAACGAUCCUCAACACCAUCACCUGUUCAGGAUAUGGAGAAUGAAUCGAACUUGGAGAAAGUGACGAAUGAGGAGGAACAACGAUAUCAACAAGAUGCUAAAAUGGGGAAGUUGGCGUAA